AUGCCUCUCCCAAGGCAGAGCGUGUUUAAGCAGGCCUGGCUUAGCAAUAUCCUCAAACAUCAGCCUGACUUCUUGCGUAUGCCCUUCAUCAAGCUCAAGGCAGCAGGUCCCACAUGCCGUGCAGAUGAAAGUAAAGAUGAUGUGGAGACAAAUAUGAAAGUGAAGAUGGAGGUGAAGAUUAAUUUGAAGAUGAAGGGGAAAGUGAAUAUGAAAGUGAAGAUGGAGAAGAUGAAGAUGAAGGGGAAAGUGAAUAUGAAUAUGACGGUGAAGAUGAAGGGUGAAGAGGAAAAUGAAGAUGAAGGUGAAGGUAGUAGCUUUGAAGAUGAAGUUAAAGAUCAAGGGGAAAGUGAAAGUGAAGAUGCUGAAUAUGAAGAUGGAGAUGUAGGUGAAUAUGAAUGUGAAGAUGGAGGCGAAUAUGGAGGUGAAGAUGAGGGUGAAGAGGAAAAUGAAGAUGUAGGUGAAGAUGAAGGUAAAGAUGAGGGUGAAGGUGAAGAUGGAGAUGAAGCUGAAUCUAAGGAUGAAGGUGAAAAUGUAGUUAAAGACGAAGGGGAAGAUGGAGAUGAAGUUAAAGGUGAAGAUGAAAGUAAAGAUGACGGUGGAGAUGAAGGUGAAAAUGAAGGUGAAGGUGAAGAUGGAAGUGAAGAUGAAUAUAGAAACGGAGAUGAAGGUGAAAGUGAAACGACGCCGCAGCUUUCGCGGAAACAGAAGUCAACCGAAGGCGCAGCAGCUGUGGAAAAAAGGUAUAUAUCGAGGCUGAACGAGCCAGGACCGACGUCCAUUCAUCAGUACGGAGAGCCUGCGGGCAGGUCAACACGACGGCAGUGA